AUGAAGCUACAAGUUUUGUGGUCUUUGGUUUGCCUUGUCGCUCUGCUCAGAGAGGCCAAUGGAUUUGCCCGCCCAAGUAUAGGUGGCCAGUGUCAGCAGUCAUGGAAACUUCGAAGAUACCCUCGUCACGAGCGACAAUCCACUGGAUAUCAACAUGGCAGACAGUUCAGUCUACAAUCAGUACUGAGAGCCAACCAGAAGGAUGAUGAUUCACAACCAGAUCCAGACUCUGCAUCAUCAUCAUUGGACAAUCCUGAUGAUUCAUCGCCACUCCCUUGGAUUUUUGGCUUGGUGGUACCCCUCUGGCUAGUCUACAUUUCCAAUCAAUGGAGUCGAUCCUCACUCUAUUACCUCGUGGACUUUUCCAGUGAUGCCGAUCCACUGCUUGCCAUGAACGUCGAUGUCGGUUUCUCCGAGGCACAAUACGGUGUCUUGGCGUCCUUGGCGUUUACGUCGCUCUUUGCCUUUGCAUCGUUGGCGGCAGGAAUCAUUUCCGAUCGAUUCAAUCGCAAAACACUCACUGUGGCGGCUUGUCUCGUUUGGGCUAUUGCCACCUUGGGGACAUCCUUUUCGCAAGAUUAUUCCCAAGUCUUGGGAUGGAGAGUCGCCAUGGGAUUGGCAUGUGCCUUUGCCACUCCACCCGCCUAUACAUUGAUUGCGCAACGAGUUCCCAAGGAAAGUGUCAGUCUGGCAUCCAGUUUGUAUGGAACUGGAGUGGCAUUGGGAGGGGCAUUUGCAUCAUUAUCCAUCUUGCUUGAUACCAGUGUGGGUUGGAGAGAGGCGUUGGUGAUUAUUGGCAUCUAUGGGUUUGUCGUGGCAGGAGUAGCGACCAUCCUGUUGCCCAAUGAUCCCAAAGAUACGCAACCAGAGGCUGACACAAAGUUUUUGGUAUCAAAAGAUACAACUACAAUCAGCACUGAUGAGUCGCCCGUAGAUGCCAUCUUGGCCGACGUACAAGAAGCCACUGCAUCGGACCGCGUGAAAUGGCUCUUUUUAGGAUCGUUUUUGCGAUUCUGCUCUGGCUUGUGCAUUGGGGUUUGGUCGGCACCCUACUUUCGAAUGAUCUUUCCCGAUCAACAGUCGCAAUACGCCGUCGCACAAGCCGCCAUUACAGCCGUUGGUGGAUCUGUCAGUGGCUUGCUGGGAGGCUCUUUGGCCGAUAAAAUUAGUGCCAAUGCGGAGGAAGAAGGAGAUGCCGAUAUCUACGGACGCAAGCUGUGGAUCCCUGUCGUCGGUUCAGCACUGGCAGCUCCCGCGUGGUACCUGGCCGUGGAGAAUAGUCAAUCCUUUGAGGUGGCCAUGGCAUGGUUGGCCACCGAGUAUUUUGUCGCCGAAUGCUGGUUUGGUCCAACCAUUAGUGUUUUGCAGAAAACUGUGGGACCCAAGAUUGGUGGCACCAGCCAAGGUCUCUUCACUCUGACAGGGGCCGUGGCCAAUGUGGCGCCCAGCAUUCUGGGAUACAUGUAUGGGCAAGCUACGAUUGGCCAGGAACAAUCUUCCACGGAACUAGCUGGUCUGUUGGUAGCAGGAGUUUGCUUUUGCUACGUGUCUUGUGCCUUUUGCUUUGCCAUGAGCGCUCUAUCAGGGCCUCCUACAAGUACCACAUCAGCUGUGGAACCCACCAAGCAAUAG